AUGGAUUUGAGAAGAUACUUUAACAAACCUCGUUUAGAACUAGAACCCGAACAUACCGAUGUAAACGAAAAUAUUGAAACCGAAACUAGCCAAAUAGAAAUUGAUCGGUCGACUUCUUUUGAUGAAACAUCUACUUCAUUGCGUAUCGUAGAAAAGAUAAGACAAUAAUGUCUAUUACACAAUUGACCAAAGGUCUUUAUGAAAAUAUUUAACAAUUAAAUUUAAACCAUAAUAAUAUAUAAAAAUUAUACAGAUAUUAUUUUGAGGUCUGCUUAAAUAUUAUAGAGUGAAAUUAUAUUUUUAAGUUUAAAUUAAAUGACUAAUUUUUUUUAGGGUUUUCGCCAACAUUAAUUUUUAUGAUAUUGGGAAUUUUAUAAAUCGUGGAAAAUUGUCGGACGAGAUUAUUUAUAAAGCAUUAAAACAAGCGCGGGUACCCAAUCAAUCGUACGAUUUAAAAAAAUACUAAUACUGGAAAUCGUUUAUUUCGUGCUCAGUGGUUAACAGAUUAACUUUUAUUUCAUACUCUUAAAAAUUAAAAGGAGUUUUAUGCCGUUAUUGCGUAUUGUUUACGCCUCAACUAGAUCGAGGAGUGCAUGGUCGAUUCAUUAUUAACGAAUUUACGAAAUAUAAAGACUUUCAUGGCUCUGUGAAACUGCAUCUUCAAUCUAAAUGGCACUUUGACUCAACGAACAGAGCAAAUAAUUUUUGUAAUAUUUUAGAAAAUAAUAAAAAAGUGUUGUUCAACUUAUGAAUUAUGCUCAGCGGUAAAUAACAGAAUCUAAUAGAGUGAAACUAAUACCCAUAGUCAAAACAAUAGUUUUUUGUGGUAUACACAACAUGCCUUUAAGAUGAAAAACUGACGAGACUGCUAUCAUCAAUAGCUUAUUAAAAUUAAAAGUAUACGCAGGAGAUACCAUUUUAAAUGACCAUUCGAGAAAUUAUCCGGAAAUGCGACUUAUAUUUCACAUAGGAUUCAAAACGAACAUAUAAAUAUAUGUAAUGAAAUGUUACUAGGACAUACAAUUAAAGAUGUAAAGGAGAGCCAGUUCUUUUCAGUCAUUGCUGACGAACCAAGUGAAAUAUCCGGUACAGAGCAGCUUUCAUUAGGAGCACGUUUCGUGCACAAAACGUCAACCGCUGAAUUCUGUGUAAGGGAAGAAUUUUUAAGGCUUUGUACAUUAACAACGUUCGGACGCUGA